GGGCGUGGCUGGCGGGAGAAGAGGGCGCGCGCUGCUGAGAAGAAGAUCAGGGGCGGCUGCCGUUCCAGCCUUGCUGCUUUGUCUACUGCCUGUCUGCCUAUCUAUUUGGUGAAGGCGCGCGCCUCUUUACGCGCGCGGGGUCGCUGGCCGAUGGGUCUGCUCGAGCUCUGCCGCGAGGCCUUCGGCGCCAGCGACCUGUACCAAGUGCUGGGAGUGAGGAGCGAAGCUACGCCCGAGGAGAUCCGUCGCGGCUAUCAUAAGGUCUCCCUGCGCGUGCACCCGGACCGCGCCGCCCCGGCCAAGAAGGAGGAGGCCACUCGGCAUUUUCAGAUACUGGGCAAGGUGUAUGCAGUGUUGAGUGACCAGGAGCAGCGAGCUCUGUAUGACGAGCAAGGGGUUGUGGAUGAGGAGUCAACUGUGCUGACCCAGGACCGCAACUGGGAAGAAUACUGGAGGCUGCUCUUCAAAAAAAUAACUGUAAAAGAUAUUGAAGAUUUUGAGAAGAAAUACAAAGAUUCUGCAGAAGAGCUGGCAGACAUCAAAGCAUCAUAUGUGGACUUUAAAGGCGAUAUGGACAAAAUCAUGGAAUCUGUGCUGUGUGUUGAUUAUUCAGAUGAACCAAGAAUAAGACAGAUUAUCCAACAUGCCAUUGACUCUGGAGAACUUCCAUCCUACAAAGCCUUUGUAAAAGAGACUAAGCAAAAGAUGAAUACAAGAAAAAGGAGGGCUCAACAAGAGGCUAAAGAGGCAGAAAAAUCCAGAGAAGAACUGGGCCUUGGAGAAGGGGAGGAUGACCUAAAAGCACUAAUUCAAAGCAGAAACGAGAAUCGAAAAAAGGAAAUGGAUGACUUUCUGGCUCAAAUGGAAGCAAAAUAUGUAAACAAAUCAAGAAAAGGAGGAAAGAAAGGGAUGAAAUGAAAGCUGAACAUGUAUACAACCAGUCAUUUCACUUGUCUCACAUCAAGCUUAAUGUUAAUGGAACAGCAGGAAAUAAAUUUGUCAGUUCACUGCAGUGUAAGAGACUUUAAAAGUGAAAAAGGUAAAUCUUAAAACUGCUGUGAAACUUUUUGAAAUGCUAACAAAUGCAUCUAUAUAGUAAUAUCAUUCCACUGCAUUGCUGAAAAACGUUUGGUUAGCCUAAAAAUCUUGGCCUGCUGUAUUUAUGUAAAACAGUAUUGUUUAUUACAAGAGUAUGUUUAGUCACUUUUUAAAGAGCCCAUUCUACUGAACAGGGGAAAUAGUAAUAAUAUUUUUAAUAAAGGUCUUUGCUAAACUGAAUAAA